CCGAAAUCCUUCUGCGUACCAGCCCAGCCUCAAGUGAGCCGGGAACCUGGGAGUUGUAAUUGGCCGUGCUUGGAUAACAUGCAGGUUCACACAACACGAUCACGAUCUCAAGGAUCCAUGCUCAGGAGGAUUCGAGCUGCGCCGCAAUCUUUAAAUGAGGAGUUCGACAGGGUCUGAAAUGACUUUUGAGAUGCAUUUUCGUCCUGAGUUCGAAAUGUUUUCUCCGUCUGUUAGUUGUCAUGAGUAUGUUGAGGAUAUGGGCUGCUGCCCUCCUCUUUCAGUUCAUAACUCUCACUGCGUCAAUUCCAACCAUCUCGACAUCUGGGACCAAAUUCUAUGACAGCAAUGGAAAUCAAUUCUAUAUAAAAGGAGUUGUCUAUGGUGCAUCAAACUUGAUCGAUGUUCUAGCAAAUACGGCUCAAUGCCAAAGAGAUGCCUCCCUGAUGCAAACACUCGGCGUUAACACGGUCCGUGUUUACUAUGUCGAUCCAACAGAGGACCACGACGGGUGUAUGCUAGCAUUCGAAGAUGCUGGCAUAUAUGCCCUUGUUGCCCUCGAUUCUCCUUACUCUGCAAUCAACCGCAUCAGCCCUGAAUGGACAACCACACAGUACAGCAAUUUCACAGCUGUCAUGGACGCAUUCGCGAAUUAUAACAAUACCCUCGGAUUUGUUGCGGGGAACGAAGUCAUCAACAAUAUAUCUCAAUCGGAUGCUGCAUUAUACGUUAAAGCAUCUGCGCUGGAUCUCAAAAAAUACCGAGACGGGAAAGGGUAUCGCGAGAUCCCUGUCGGAUACACUGGGGCAGAUGUCAUAGACCUGAUGCCAGUCCUUCAAAAUUAUCUUGCUUGUGGAACAUAUGCAGUCGACUUUUUUGGUCAGAACAGCUACAGCUGGUGCGGAAGCUCAUCUUUCACAGAAUCUGGAUAUAGCGAGGAGUACGCAGAUGCUUCAAGUUACAGCAUUCCAAUCUUCUUCUCUGAGACUGGGUGCAAUCUUGUGCAGCCUAGGCCAUUCACUGAUCAAGCUGCAAUCUUGAGUGCUGAUAUGGAAAACUUAUGGUCUGGCUCUAUAAUUUACGAAUGGCUUGAGGAAGCCAAUGACUAUGGUCUGGUAGACUACGUCGCAUCUGCGACUUUGAGUGGCACACCUACUCCACUUGCAACUGGUGGAUUCAGUAACUUAAUGUCGCAGUGGGCAACUCUAAAUCCCACAGGAACUCCAAGCUCAAUGUAUACACCCAAUGUCACUCCUCCAUCAUGCCCUAGUUCGACAGCAAGUGGAUGGCUUAUCAACGGCAAUGCUGCUCUUCCCACUUUGAAUAAGGCAGUUGUCAGUACUCGAAGCUCUACCUCUUCUUCAUCCUCGACAUCUCAAACUAGUAAUACAUCUACGAGCAAAUCCUCCAAGCAGACUGAAGCCGCUCCUGCUGUCGCAUCCGGAUCUGCAACAACCACAGGAGAUGGGAGUGGGUCCACAUCAGACCCGGAACCUGCGCAUAAUGGUAGCAUCUCCGCAGGUGCGAUUGCUGGCAUUGCUAUUGGCGUACUAGCUUUGCUUCUUGCCGUGGCCCUAGCUGCAUUCUUGCUCUGGCGUCGACGUCGGCAACAACAGGCAAAAGCAACUCCUCCUCUUGACCUCACUCCAGAAGGCCUAGAGGUUGGCGAACCUCCAGUAAAACCUGAAUUGGACAGUUCUACGCUUUCGAUGCCGGCUGGACAACACGAACCCCAGCCUGAGCUUCAAGAUACCAGUUCGAGUUUUCCUUCCAAUGGAAACGGUUCAACAUCGAGUCCUGCGCUCACAGCGGCACUAAGUCUAGCAGAGAUGGGCAAUUCUCCCACCUCACAGAGAGUUCCCAGUACAUUACUGGCCUCAGAACUAUCUACCACGCCCUCUACACCAAAGCUUGCAACUAGCCAACAGCAGCAGUCUGUGACUCGGCGCCCUGUGGCUUCCAAGAACGAACACGCACUGAAAGCAAAUGCUCCGUGGGAAACUGAAGCUUUUCCCUACCCCCAAGCUGAGAUUACAACAGCACAAGCUCAGCAAACGCCACUUCUGGCAAGCACGGAAGAUGACGACGAAUUGAAACAACUAGAAGACGAGGAGAGAAGAAUCGAUGCGCAAAUCGCAGAGUCAGAACGUAUCACAGCGCUCAAGGAAGAAAAGCUCGCUCUGCAAGCAAAGAAAGCGGCUCUAUUGGCAGCAAAAGAGAAGACUUCUAGAACUUGAUGGACA